AUGCCAACCACAGGAUCCCCUCCUCCCUCCAGGCCCAGCACUCCAGCUGCUACACCACCACCAGCCACGCCGCCACCCACAAGCACCCUCGUCACACCACCACGUAUCAGCACGCUGAGGCGCAGGGGCGCCGAGCUCUUUUCCCGCAGUCCCUUUUCCUCACACAAUCCCUUCGAGGCUGAUGAUUUUGAGUUUGCAUCGCCUGUCGCGGCGGGAGAAACACUGCGCGGAAGUCCAGAUCUAUUUGGUCGAAGGAGCCUGAAGCGGCUAUCGCAUGGGGUGUCUACGGAGAGCCGGGGUGUGGGCGAGAGGAGUCCUAUCGGCGCUGAGCUUGCUCCCUGUGCUGGAACAUCUCAGCGUGGCAUGCCGGCUGGUGCAUCGCCGCAGCUCAGCACUUUGCGACGGAGAGGGGCGGAGAUUCUGGCAGAGUCUUCUUUUUCGUCGCAGGGCUUGUGGGAUGCGGAGGAGGAUGAGUUCGAGCACGUGGAGAGUGGGUGUGUGUCGCCGAAUGUGACGAUCCGUGGGAGUCCGUUUAGGUCGAUUCGUGGCGCUGUGCAGACUGAGAGUGCUGCUCCGCUUGAGUUUGUUCCAGGCGAUGGUUUAAAGUCGCGAUAUGGAAUGCCUGGUCGAUUCUCGACUUCGAGUGGGGAGAUUGAUGAGAGGGAAAUGCUUGCGCGGUUUGGCGGUAUGGAGUUUUCUCCUGAUAAGACGAUGCGCGUGAGGCAUUUUACAUCGACGCAAAAUACGCUUGUUCGACCAGUGGUUGGAAAGACGGGUAAAGAGAACAGGAGCAUCUGGGAUGUAGAUGAAGAUGAGUUUGAUAACUGGCCUGGACAAGACACUAUGCUGAAUAAUCUCGCGCUGAAGUUUACCCUCAAGCGCGACACAUUUAAAAAUAAUGACUCUACUGCUCACCCAAUCGUCGACGCGAUCGGCGAGCAGGUCAAAUCGGGCAUCCUCGUCUGUGGCGCAAAUCUAACUGCUCAAGAACAUACCGAUCUCAUGGACGAGCUUGCAGAUAGAAGUUGCGGUAACCCCCACGGAUCCGACGCGCACGACGAAGUGAUGCAGCAGUUUUUCUCGAGUUGCUGCAAGGCACUUCCUGCAUCCCGUCCCGCUCGUCACAUGCAUAUUGUGGAUCGAGAUGCGUAUCUCAACAGCAAGGACAACAUAGUCCAGAGUGCUUUCCCGCGACUCUGCGAUGCCGUGGCAACGGUGCUACAUCUAACGAACCCCAACUGCCUGCAGGACUUCUUGAACCCGAAUGUCAAGGUCUUUGAGUGGCGACGAGACGGCCACUGUUUGCUGAUCCGGAGGGACGGCAACGAAGUCAUUGUGGGUACGUUUCUCAACCUCGCGACUUUGUAUCGAUGGGGGUUCUAUGUGCGCUGCACCAUCUCGGAUGAUGGGCAAUGGACCGAGACGUAUGCUGCGGUCACACAGGGAACCACUCCUGUGACGAAGGACGGUGUGCGGUUCGAGCAGUUCGUGGCCGAGCCUGGCAGAGACGACGUUUCUCCGAGUGACCCAAGGUGGGCACUGUAUGUGGGGCGCGAGAUGGCGUACUUCUUGCUCAAUCGACAAGUUUGGGACUUCAGGACUUGGUUCAGGUGGAAGCUCGAAUGGGAGGCUGAUGGCGUGGUGUCGAAUGCCAAGGAGCGCGAGCGUGAUCUGUAUCGGAGGUUGAACGUAUUAGAGGGGGCAGAAGAGAAGCGGUUAUAGAUCCAAACAGGUUUUCUGAGCAAGUUUGGUUGUCGAAUACCUUUCGAGAUGUUGACUUCCUGGGUACCCUGUCGGAUCGCGUUCGGCCUCCCC